AUGGGCGGCAUACCGUUUCAGUCAACCGGAUGCAAUACAUGCCGGCGCCGAAAGGUUAAGUGCGAUGAAGCCAAACCAGAAUGCUUCCGGUGCGUUAAGAACGGCCAUUUCUGCGCCGGUUAUGGGCGGCCAAGGGUUUUCAUACAUAAAUCCUCCAAUGCAAUGAAGGAUGGAGCGCAAAAGUUCACUCGGCGUCCAAAAGCUCUCCUGGACGGUCCUAGGACUCACCAAGUAGACCAGGCGGGACCCGGAAUUCCUCAGCUGAAUACUAAUGUGGAGGUCCGAUCUCAAUUGUUCCAGUCCUUCAUAGACAGAUACCUACCCCAAUCGCAAUAUAUAUGCGACAGAACGGGGAAGAAUAUUCUCCAAACCCUUCCAGACCUAUCCGGAAGCAGCUUGCUCCUAGACAAAGCGGUCGUUGCUCUCUCCACGGCAUUUUUAGCAAAACAAAAUCAAGAUAGACAUUUACUGCAGAGCAGCACUGAAAUCUACGGGGAUGCCAUUCGGAUGCUACAUGGUAAGAUAAGCUCGGGGAGAACUCUCGGAAACGAUAUCUUGUAUACCACGAUAAUAUUCCAGAUAUACGAAUUAAUCAAUUGCUCCCCUCCUGGGUUUGGUGCGUGGAUUGCCCAUGUUCAAGGGAGUAGUGCGAUCAUCAACCACUGUUCUGGACCAGGUGAUGAAACCGCUGCCUCCAGGCUCUUUCGUCGUCAACUCAAGUUCGUCACUUUGUGCGAUGCGAUUGGAAAACGCAAAGCACCCGAUUUGUACAACCCCUGGCAGGAUAGCUCGUUGCAAGACACAGAUAGUCCUGAGCCCAUAGAUGAGCUUAUUGAUCGGUUGGCGGACUGUUCCGUGUUGAUGGAACAAGUUGACAGCCUUCUCCUGGAGGGGGCUGAAGGCCACGACCAGAUUCAAAACACUGGGCGAGAAUUGUUAUUCUCUUGUUUCUCUUUAGAGGAGACACUUCAUCGAAUCUGUUGCAUGACACAGAAGGAACUCGGGAAACCUUCAGUAUCCCCUGCUCAUAUGACUUGUCGAAAGGAUUUUAGAAGCUCUCUCUUCACCGAAUUAUUGCCCGUACCCUUUCAUUUCCCGUCUCUCACGUGUGCAGAGGCUCACCUAAUAUACUGGACUGCAUUAGUAUUGCUCUAUCCUCUAAUCGACCAAUUACUCGAGGUUCUUGAACUUUCGGCAGACCAUGUCUCUCUGGCUAACUGCUACUCAACUUUUGGCGAGGACGCUAACUCCAGAGUCACGCCGAAUUCUGAAAUCACAGCCGAUUUCACUACACUUGCCGAACACUAUGCUGACCAGGUCUGUCGCUCUGUUAUCUACUGUUUACAGCCGGAUUUGAAAACUUUAGGCGCCCAGUUACUGCUUGCCCCCUUGAGUCAGAGCGCACAGUUCUAUAGCGUACAUGAGUUUGCCGAAAAAUACCGGUGGUGCCAGGGAGUGUUUGUGCUUCUGCCUCAACUAGGUCUUGGUAUCGGAUAUUUUCUGAAGGACAUGGUUUGGCCCAAAUACCGUUUUUCGCAGAGGAGGUGCUUGUCUCCCAAACCAAUAUCGCCUAACUGA